GCGAGUGCAUAAGAUUUGUUUCAUAUUAACCCUUGUACACAUCUAUGAUUUCGCAGACAAAGGUGUCUAUAUUUUGCAAAGUUUAGUUUCUUUAAAAAGUGCACUUUCCACGCGCAAGAUUGCUAUGUUUCGACUCGUGUACUUAGGGGUUCAGUUAUCAAAGAUAGUGAUGUGUGUUUUUUUAACACGGUUGGGGUAUGUAUAUUGGGUUUUUUGGACCUGCCGGGAGAAGACUUCUAGAUGAAGCUUGAAGAUGUGAGAGGUCAACGCAAAGGUCGUCCGUGUUUCGUGCAACGCCACUGCAAAUAACAAGAAUGACAUGAUUGUACUUUGCUCAACACAACGUCACGAAAAUAAGACUGACAGGAAAGUCUGAAGUCUGCUUUAAGCAAGAUACCAAACUUUUCUACUACUCGAGGCAGUUUUCAUGAUAUCAUCGGUUUUUCAGUGGUCACUGGUUAAUUUGUUUGAUGUGAAUUCAGUCAUGGGACUAAACCUAUUGGCCCAGAUAUCUGCAGCCAAGCCAGUUAUUUUCGCGGAAGGCCUAUUCAUAUCUUGUUAUCUUCAAAACGAGAAGUUCGUACCAGAACAGGGUAUUGACAAGUCAGAUAUUAUUUCCAUAUUGAAUGGAGAAUUUUUCAAAAGUGGCACUGAUUUUGUCGAAGAUUUUACGCUCAAAAGAAAACUGCACACGCUACCUAACAGAAAAGAUGAGUAUGAACUGGAGCAGUUUCCAGUAGAAGUUCCUGAGAGAUUUAUCCUUUCACCAGAAGAUUUAGCGCUUCUCAAAGAUACUCAAGAAUAUAAAAAUGAUGGCAUUGCCAUGUUACACAUCUCAGCAAUCAAAGAUAACGAAUAUAACAAGUCAUCUUCAUAUCUUAAUGACCUUCGAAAAUUGUUUGAAAAGCAAGUUAUUUGGACUAUGGAAGAGGGCGAUGAUUUUGUGAAUACAGAAGUGUUUACCGAACUUCACGAAGCUCUUAUCUUGCUGGAUGUACUCAAGAAAUACGACGUGCCGUCUGUUGUGAGCUUUCUUGCAAAAAGGAAUGAACCUAUAGCCAUUACAUAUAGUAAGAUACAAAUUAGCCUAGAUUCUUUACUAUUUUGUCUCUUCCAGUGAUAAGGUAUCUAAGUCCCAUGUUAUCAAGAGAUAUGUUACAGCUUGCAUGGGCUCCGACAAAGGUUGAAAAGUGGGGGGGGGGCCAAGGGAAAAUUUAACACCCAUAGCAAAAGAUUUUGAAAAAAACUCUAUUGUUUUGCAAAAAAGUGGGGGGCCAAGGACCCCCCCCCCCCUUCGUCGGAGGCCCUGGCUUGACGUUGAGGGUGUCGCUAAGAAAUGGAAUUUGUCUGCUUAGGGCGAAGUUCUUCAAUUAAUACCCUCUACCAGGCUCGUUUUAAUGUAGGAAUUACUUUUGCCUGAGGGACUCGAAUGACUGCUAACGUAGGCCAAAGUACUCCAUAUGUUAGUUUAUGAGUUUGAAUGCCAAAAUGAGUGCAGUAGAUUUUAGUAUAUCUUGGUUACUGGUCUGUUCUCGAGCAGUUUUAGCAAAUAGUUUAGGGAAUUCUAGGCAUUUUGAUAAUGCAUAUGUAUUUAGAUAAACAUGAUUAGAAUGCAAAUCAAAUGACUAUAUAUUAUACCUUAUUAACCACAGCAAAGGAACACAUUUUAAAGGCCAGCAUUCUUGCCAAAAGAGAUACCCUUGAUUCGGUUUUGAUCUAACUUCUAAAAGUAUGUUUAUAGGAAUCUAGCCACCCCCUUUCUAGUUACACCAUAACGUCUUUUAUUCAGUCGUCUGCAAGUCCAGCCUGGCAGGUGCGCAGUGCCUGAAGAGGCAGACGGCUACAGCACCAAACUUGUCUAUGUUUGAAAUAUUCCUAUGUUGUGAGUCGGAAUUAGUUAGGAAACCAAUGUCUUUAGUGCCCCCUCCCCCAUGUUUGAAAUUUCAUUGCACCCCUGCAGUCUGGUCAAAUAUGAAGUCUGCUAACUAGUAUUGGAAAAACAUUGUUGCUAGUAGUUUGUUGCCUAGUCUUCCGAAGCCUUAGGGCGUUUUGCCCCUAAAUUAUUGAUAUUGGAGAGAAAACAAAAGUGAAUUUAGCAUUGGUAGUAUCACCCUCACCCCUUAAGACCAAAAUCAUCAUGUUGUUUGAGCAAAUCACCGUUGUUUGAGCAAAUCAUUUGAGCUUUUGUUUGUGUUACGUUAUUUCAUAAGAUUCUUGCUCUACCCCAAUGACACCAAAUAAGGAUCAGCUCCCGCCCACUUGUCAAAUGAUUCUCCGCUUUAAUGGUGAAAUUGAGAAUUUCGGAUGCUGGUCUUGACUACAAAAAUAGUUUACUCUUUAUGUUCUUAUUCUUUUUGUUCUAACAUUAACCUGGGCUUUUAACUCCUUAAAGAAAAAUUCGCCUAGGAAGCUUAAAUCGUUUUCGAAUUUCUUUCAAGCUUUAAGUUUGUAUUUAAGAGUUAACAUUUGUAAAUAGGUAAAAAGAGAGAAAGGAUUGAAUGCCAUCUAAAUUUGAGAUGAGAGAUUUAUGAGAAUUUAUUAGCUAAUUAUAUAAUUAUCAGAUAAUUUCAUUGGCCACA